AUGUCUUUGAAGGCCAUCUCCGCCAAAGACGCCGCCUCUCUCGAUAGGGAUCUCAUGGACCCAGAGAUUGGGGGGUGGUCGCUAGACCAGCUGAUGGAGUUGGCGGGUCUCUCUGUGUCUCAGGCAGUCUAUCGUGUGCACCCACCGAGUAAAGGAAAGAAUGUCCUGGUGGUCUGUGGACCUGGUAACAACGGAGGCGAUGGUCUCGUCGCAGCCCGUCAUCUAGCCCAGUACGGCUACACACCCUCCGUAUAUUAUCCGAAAGAAGGGAAAAAUGAACUCUACCAGCGCCUCAAAAAACAACUCCACAAUCUUUCCGUCCCUUUCGUGCAGGAAGCAGACUUCCCCUCCUCCCUCGUCACCUCCCACUUCCUCAUCGACGCCAUCUUCGGGUUCUCCUUCGGUGGCCCCCUACGCGAACCGUUUCCCUCGAUCAUCACCCAAAUAGAAUCUUCGAAUAUCCCCGUCCUGAGCGUCGACGCACCAAGUUCCUGGGACAUAGCGGCCGGCCCGCCCAAAUCCGGACCAGGAGCGAACUUCAUGCCGGCUUGCUUGAUCUCGUUGACCGCCCCAAAACCCUGCGUCAUGUAUUACAGGGGUAGACAUUUCGUCGGGGGGAGGUUCCUCACCAGCCAGAUCGCGGAGAAGUAUGGGAUCAACGUUCCUCAGUAUCCGGGUGUCGAGCAGAUUAUCGAGAUCGGGGUCGAUGCUGAGGGGAGACUAUAA